GGAACAAACAUCGACCUGAACGGUUGGCUGAAAUAAGUACUAUUGAACUUAGCAGGCUCUACACCAGCGACAGCUGUCACCUCAAUCCCUUCCCUCCCAUGUCCUGCUCCCUCCAUUCUCCAUUUUCAUAGUCACCCGUAUAGCUGACAAUGGCCUCCACCCCAACUCCGACUCCAAAUCUGAAUUUCUCAUCCUCCAGAGAAGCCGAGAACUUGGGUAUUCUCUUCGCGGGGUUCGUCACUUCAUCACUUCUUUAUGGGGGAACCAUUUUCCAGACCUAUGCGUACUACGCACGCUUCCCCCAGGACAGUAAUCGAAUACGGUGUUUCGUCAUCUUACUUGCAUACCAUAGCAUCUGCCUCGGUUUCUGCAGCACUAUAUCACUUUCUGAUCGACCUGUACGCCAUCCCUGUCGACGUUUUGGUUGCUCCUCCUUCUAUGUGUGUUCAAUAUGCGCUAUCGUUCGUUAUCGUCUUCGUAUCCCAGCUUUUCUUUGCUUUCCGCGUCUUCGAAGUCUCGAGCGGAUCACAUCCAGUUUCCCUAUCAGUGGUCUCGCUCUCAUUCGUUUCCUUCGUCUUUGGAAUGACGUCUGCAGGUCAAAUGUUCCAACAAAGGCAACUUGAUUCUUUUGCAUUGCCGGCGAUGAAGGCUAUAGCAGCGACCCACCUCAGCUUUGCGGUAUUGGCCGACGUCCUGAUCCUUUUGACGCUAUGUUACUGGUUACGCCCGCAACAUUACCCAUAUAUGCGAAUACCAAAGCGCUUUAUUGACAGAGUCAACGUCCUCAUAGUAAAUAGAGGCUUAAGCUUCACGCUCGUCCAGGUUGCCUACCUCUGCGCCUUCGUCGCUGUUCCCAGCCAUCAGUACUGGGUCAUGUUCCAAAUGAUUGGAAGUAAACUCUACGUCAACUCCGUUUUCCAACUUCUGAACUGCCGCGAAUCUGAGAAUGGAAGAGGUGUCCAAGAAGAAGAGUAUUACCAGCCUCCGGGCACCACCAAGACGCCUGCGUUCGGGGCCCCUUUACCUGCCACCAGUAGGCAAACUUAUCAAGGAUGACGGGCAGUAGCGGGACUGGUGCUACGCAUACAACCGAGGGCACUCCUAAGUC